AUGGCAUCUGCUAGCACCGACUCAGUCGCCCAAAACAUUACAGAAGUGAACAGAAAGUUCUUCAACGAUCAGGCAGAGAACUACAGCACUAAUGCCUCGCAUCAGGAGGUAAUCCGGAUUGUCGGAGACGAAGUCCUCAGACGUAAGGAAUGGUCUGGAGUGGCUUGGGAUGAGGAUAAUACUCGUUUACUGGACUACGCUUGCGGGACGGGUCUGUUCUCGAAGGUUCUGGCUCCGUACACAAAGCAGCUCAUUGGUAUGGACCUCUCUGAGGGUAUGGUGGACAUAUUCAAUAGAUCGGUCCAAAAUCAAGGAAUACCAAGUGAAGAGAUGCGCGCUAUUGUAGCCGACCUAUGCGCCGAUGAGCUCGACCCAGUGUUGUCCGACCCUGGUUACCUUGAUUUCGACGCUGUUAUUAGCACCUUUGCAUUGCACCAUUUCAGCGAUGCCCCGCUUGCCAUCAACCGUUUAGUCGAGCGCCUUAAAAAAGGAACUGGUGUAUUGUUGAUUAUUGACUUCAGGACACAUGAUCCAGUGGUCCUUCAUGGAACUCGCUCGCACGAUCAACACCAAUAUAGCGAUGAACACCAACAUCAUACACAUGGGAGCCACGCGGAUAACCAGCAUCAAGGUCUUGAGGAGUCCGAAAAAACUGAAAACCCUGUGAAAUUGCACUCGGGACAUCACACCGUGACCUAUAACGGAUUUUCCGACGAAGAAAUCAAACGUUGGUAUGGGGGAGCCGGUCUUGUAGACAUUGAUAUUGUUGAUGUUGGGCCUGGAACAGGUGUAACCACAGUUGUCAAGGACCCUAAGACAGAGGAGGUGAUUAAGAUGCAGAGGGGCGUAUUUAUGGCAAAGGGAAGGCGUGCUUGA